GAGAGGAGGGUGGUAGAAUAGCAUUUGACUUGGUUUCAGAGGAGAGAGAGAGAAAAGGAAAGAGAAAAGAAGAGAGAAGAAGAAAGAGAAAAAGGUAAAGAAUGAAGAAAAUUCAAUCGAAUCGAAUACAAUUUUGACGUCCGCAAGGACACAGAGACUCUCUCCCCCUUCUGUUUCUCUCUCUACGAACUCUUUCUCUCUCUACGAACUCUUUCUCUCUCUACAGCUCCCUAAUCUCCCUGUAAAGCUAAAACCACCGAAAGACAGGACUAGUGCUCAGAGCCAACACGCAGACCCGACUGGGAGAAAACGGAACCCUAAAAGGGGGAACAGAAUCCCCACUCAAUUCAAAUAAAAUUGAAGCCGAACUCAGUGAAUAAUCAAAAUUCCGGGUUUUAUGCAUUAGAAUCUUGGUGGUUUUUGGGAAGUCUCUCUCUUUCCUUGUGUCUUACCGUUCGAAGUUCUACUGGUUUUUUAUUGGUGGUGGUUUUGGUUGAUAGGGUGGCAAAUUUUGAGAUUUCUACUCUGGUUUUGGCAGAGAGUUUGAUUUGUUUGUUAUUUAGCUUUCUUUGUACGAAGGCUGAGGUUAUGGUGGAUCUGAAAGUUCGUGUAAUAAACAAAGAUUCAUGUGGAAGCCGGUCGGAGGCUGCUUUCUUGGUGAAGAUAGUGAGAUUGUAGAAUGCUCAGAAUUAGAGCCUGUUCAUUGGUAAUUGGUUUAUUUGUUAUUUGGCCUGUGUUUGGUAAAACCGAGCACGACAUGCCCAAGACACAAUGCUUACCCUUUUCUGUUGGUGCACAAUAAAGACUCCUCAGCCUAUGGCCUUGGAUGUAGGGGUACAAUGCUUUCAGAGUUGAGCUCCAUACCCGAGUUUUUGCAUCUUGUUAUGUAAUCUAGGCUUGUGGAAUUCACGUUGUUUUAGAUAGAUUUAGUACUUUCACCGAGUGUUUCUAGUUUGUGAUUUUGGAAAUAUGGUACCUUCGGGGCCGCCCACUCCAAUUGGUGGUGCCCAGUCUGUUUCGCCUUCACUUUUGCGUUCAAAUUCUGGAAUGUUGGGAGGUCAAGGUUCCCAGUCGGCUUUUCCAUCGCUUGCCUCACCACGAACUCAAUACGGUAAUAUGCUUGGCAAUGUAGCCAAUGUGUCUUCUCUCCUUAAUCAGUCGUAUGGAAAUGGAAUUUCGAAUCCGGGGCUUUCUGGUCCUGGUAGCAACCAACAUGGAGGUAUGGAUACUGGUGCUGAAUCUGAUCCACUUUCUGGUGUUGGCAAUGGAAUGGGUUUCAAUGUACCUUCUUCGUCAUAUGGUGCAUCAAACAUGGCUAAUCCCAGUACGUCUGGUCAUGGUCAUGGUCAAGGUCAAGGUCAAGGGCAAGGGCAAGGGCAACAAUUUUCAAACCCUUCUGGUAACCAACUGUUGAUGGAACAACAGCAGCAGCAACUUGAAACACAGCAUUUCCAGCAUGGUCAGCAGCCAAUGCAACAGUUCUCUGCCCCUCACAAUACGCAACAGCAGCAGCAUCAAUUUCAGGCUAUUCGAGGAGGCUUAGCUCGUGUUGGGCCGGUAAAGUUAGAGCCCCAAUUGACAAAUGAUCAACAUGGACAGCAGCAGUUGCAGUCUUUGAGGAGUCUUGGUCCAGUGAAAAUGGAACCCCAACAACUUCAAACAAUGAGAAGCUUGCCACCUGUAAAAUUGGAACCGCAGCAAUCUGAUCAGUCAUUGUUUUUGCAUCAACAGCAGCAACAACAGCAACAACAGCAACAACAGCUCCUCCACAUGUCAAGGCAGUCUUCUCAGAAUGCUGCUGCCCAGAUGAACAUCAUGCAUCAGCAGAGGUUCUUGCAGUUACAGCAGCAACAUAACCAGCAACAGCAACAACACCAGCAGCAGCAAUUCUUGAAAGCAAUGCCUCAACAACGCCCCCAGUUACAGCAGCAGUUUCCGCAGCAGAAUCUGCCUAUGAGAUCUCCUGCAAAACCAGUAUAUGAGCCUGGAAUGUGUGCUCGGCGUUUGACACAUUAUAUGUAUCAGCAACAGCACAGGCCUGAAGACAACAACAUUGAAUUCUGGAGAAAAUUUGUUGCUGAAUAUUUUGUACCCCAUGCGAAGAAGAAGUGGUGUGUUUCUAUGUAUGGAACUGGCCGACAAACAACUGGCGUUUUCCCUCAGGAUGUAUGGCACUGUGAAAUAUGCAAUCGCAAGCCUGGGCGUGGCUUUGAAGCGACUGUUGAGGUUCUUCCCCGGCUUUUUAAAAUCAAGUAUGAAAGUGGUACAUUGGAGGAGCUUCUUUAUGUUGAUAUGCCGCGCGAGUAUCAUAAUUCAUCUGGCCAGAUUGUGUUGGACUAUGCUAAAGCAAUACAAGAAAGUGUUUUUGAGCAACUUCGUGUUGUUCGGGAUGGCCAACUUCGGAUAGUUUUCUCUCCAGAUCUGAAGAUAUGCUCUUGGGAAUUUUGUGCAAGGCGCCAUGAAGAGCUUAUCCCUCGAAGAUUACUGAUACCUCAGGUUAGUCAACUUGGUGCUGCAGCUCAAAAAUACCAGGCUGCUACUCAAAAUACAUCAUCAAAUAUAUCUCUUCCAGAGAUACAAAGUAACUGUAAUAUGUUUGUAUCAUCAGCGCGACAGUUGGCAAAAACCUUGGAAGUGCCUUUAGUAAAUGAUUUAGGUUAUACAAAGCGAUACGUAAGGUGUCUUCAGAUAUCAGAAGUAGUUAAUAGUAUGAAAGACUUGAUUGAUUACAGCCGAGAGACAGGGACUGGACCUAUGGAGAGCUUGGCCAAGUUUCCUCGAAGGACGAGUGCUUCAUCUGGGUUUCACUGUCAAGCACAACAGUCCGAGGAGCAAAUGCAGCAGCAGCAGCAGCAACAACAAACGAUCGCCCAGAAUUCACAUGGAGAUCCAAGCUCUGUUCAGGCCGCCGCUACGCAAAUUGCUGCCAGUAAUGGUAUUGCUAGUGUAAAUAAUGCUCUGAACACAGCAUCCACAUCAACUUCUGCAAGCACCAUUGUUGGGCUCCUCCAUCAGAAUUCUAUGAACCCCAGACAGCAAAGUUCUAUGAAUAACGCAAACAGUCCAUAUGGAGGAGGUUCUGUUCAGAUUCCAUCCCCUGGUUCUUCUAGUACAAUCCCACAAACACAACCAAACCCUUCUCCAUUCCAGUCACCAAUACCCUCAUCAAAUAAUCCCUCUCAAACAUCUCAAGGUGUCAUGACACCUGCCAAUCACAUGGGUGCAGCAAAUUCACCAGCAAAUAUAUCCAUGCAACAGCCAACCCUUUCGGGCGAGGCUGAUCCAAGUGAUUCCCAGAGCUCUGUCCAGAAAAUUAUACAGGAAAUGAUGAUGUCCAACCAGCUUAGCGGCCCAGGUAGUAUGGUUGGUGCUGGUUCUUUGGGCAACGAUGUGAAAAACAUGAAUGGGAUUUUGUCAGCAAACAACUCAGGAUUGAAUGGCAUGACUAACAAUAACUCAGGAAUUGGCGGUGCUGGAUUUGGGAGUAUGGGUGGCGGACUAGGUCAGCAGCCUUGCAUGGCGAAUGGAAUAAGAGCAGCAAUGGGAAAUAAUUCUGUUAUGAAUGGAAGGGUCGGAAUGGCAUCAAUGGCUCGAGAACAAAGUAUGCAUCAUCAACAACAGGAUCUGGGGAACCAGUUACUUAGUGGGCUUGGAGCGGUGAACGGAUUUAAUAAUCUUCAAUUUGAUUGGAAACAUUCUCCUUGAAAGGCUCCAUUGAUCAUGUUGAUGGCUCGUUUCACCGGUUCUUGAUUUAGCCGCUUGUGCUUGCGCAGCGUGAGAAAUGGCAGGAGUUGCCUCUGGCCUCGUCCAAGAUGGCAGUGCAUCGAUUGAAUGAAAUAGUUGAGAGGGGCUUUCGCUCCCGCUGUGUACUAAUCUGUUAUUUAUAUAUAAAAGAAGGAAAUUUGGUGGCU